CCAAUACUCACUCGUGACCAUCGCGAGGAAUUCUCAAAGAGAUCGCCAACGGUCGCAAUUCGCUACGACGAGCCAAGGGCAGCAUAUCAGGCAACGCUUUGUCUCAGACGAGCGGGGACACACACAACGAAAAGGUCCGCCUGUACGUGCGAAGCAGAAUCUGCGAGGAGGUUGGUAUUCACUCCUGUUGUCCGUUUCCGGCUUGAAUCACCAAGGGCUACAAUCUCAAGCAGUUACAACCAGUGGUUUUUCUGUCUUAGAUGCGAAGACAUGCUGGAGAAGGUUAACCUGCCUCGUGUCUCGGUAGGCCAGUCAGAUUCGUUGUUUAUAACCCUCAUCUUCCUGCCUCAGGACAUCAGAACAGUCUGCCGUUGGACUAGCCGUCGCCUGUCCACCUCGACCAGGUGA